AUGGUCAUUGUUCUGAAGCCCGAAAAUUUAACAUCAAUAUCUAGUAAACACAAAGGUGGUUACGAUAAUUUAAGCAGAAGAAAUACAACAAAAGUUUCGUUAAGCUCAGUAUAUGAGUCAUGGAAUGCAGCGCUCGCGAAUGAUGGUAUAAGAACUCAUACAGACUAUAAGCUGUGUUCACACACUGCCUAUGAAUUCCAGGAAGCUUGGCUUCAAGUGGAUCUUAAAGAUUACUUCAGCUUGAAGUCUGUCAAAAUAUACUACAGAGACGAAAGCUGGCCUCCUCGCCGGUUUCGUCAAUUCUACCUAGAUGUAUCAAACUCGUCAGUAAAUGUAACUUCAACAUCACAAAGAGUACGCUGUUACAAGGACGAAACUGAAGAACCGGAUGUACCUCAGUCUGUGAUUGAUAUUCCUUGUAGACACGCAGCGAGAUACAUCAUUGUGGGAACCUCUUAUGACGCUCCAGAAGAUAAUCCAAUAGAAGGGGCUAUAUUAGAAAUAUGUGAAAUAGAAGUUUAUGGUUGCGGCAUAGGCAAAUUUGGAGAGCUUUGCAAAAAUUGUCAGUGUUCUACUUGCAGUAUCAUUAAUGGUUCAUGUCGUAAGUGA